AUGGUCGGAGGUAGUAAUUUUGGCGAGCUUCUUGGUGCCGGAUUUGUCUUUCUCUUCACCAAUCUCGUUCAAACUCCAAUGCCAUGGCUCCGACUCGACGCCCUGAUGCUUCUCAUCGUCUGGUAUCUCCCUUACUGGUAUCCCAAGAAGGGUGAUGUGAACGAAGCCUGGCGUGUUGCUGGUACCUUCGUUCCCAUCUCUUUCGGUUGGGCUGCCAGUGAUGUUUCUCUUGCUGCUUACAUCCAGGCCUCGCUUGCCCGCUUGGAGGCCGAAAACAAGGAAGUCUCAGCCUUGGGCGCUAUUGUCAUUUACGCCAUCUGCUCUCCUCUUCUAGGUCGCUACAUUGACCGUGUCUACGCGGAGAAAGGUGGUCCCGACGGCGGGAACAUUCAUCGAGCUAUCAGGAAUGUGGGCGGCGUGCAAUUCACCGUGCUCAUGGCCGUUGUGCUCGCCUCGACAUUCAUACCCAAGGGAGCCCUGUCUUUCAAUCCCAAGAUACUCAAUGAUGAGGUUCUUGAUCAUGACAUUGAUCAUGAUGCUGACGAUGGAUUUGUGGACGAAAAGAAGCGCAAGGCCAGCAUUGUAGACAAAAAAAAAUGGAGGAGCAGGCAGAGGGAAGACGUCAGAGUGUCACAAGAGUGUCUGCUGACAUCAACGACACCUCGCCGGAUAUGA